UACAUGUAUAGGUCUACUGUCAUAUGCAAUCUUGUUCGAGUGCAGAGAUCAAUGUGACCUUUGACCCUCACAAACCUUCGCCCAGUCGAAAAUCCAGUGCACUGCUUUUGGAACAUUUCAUCAGGUUUCAUGGUGAGGGUUGUCGGUAUUGCUAUGGCUUACUAUGUGCAAGUGAGAUGUAAUCUAAGAAGCCUGUUCAACUUCAGUCGUGGGUACACUCUUGUCACUCAAACAAAUGCUUAUCCCUUGCUGAAACCCUGCUCAGCAUGGACUGUGGGGGGUAACGUCUCUAGGAAAGGACAUAUUGUGUCUGCUUGUAACUACCAAACUUGUGCUGCGUUGUGUGCAAGAGAUGGUAGUGGUGCGAGAGUGACCAAGGGGUCAAAGUCUAAACAAGAGCAUAGGUCUGUACUGAUGCAGUUCGUAGAAAGCAAGGAAGAGCCAAAGGCAGUGACAGUUGGAGCAAAAGUUGUCCAAGCUGGUAAGGAUGUGAGUUACGUUGCUGUCAUCUUGGGUGGGUUCGCAGUCGCCGGAUUUCUCCUGUGGUCUGUGGGGAGUGAGUUCUUUAUGUCAGACAGUCCCUCGGCCAUCUUCACAAAGGCUCUCAAGAGAGUAAAGGCAGACCCGAGAGUAAUAGAAGCCCUGGGUGAGCCAAUCACGGGCCAUGGGGAAAUGUCGGGUAGAGGAAGACGGCGUCAUAUUGCGCAUCAGGAGUACAUUGUUGAGGGUGAGUCGUACAUGAGAGUUAAGUUCUAUGUUGAUGGAAGCAAGAGAAAAGGAGAGGCUCAUCUUGAUCUGAAAAAGAGUUAAGAGGCCUCUCCGAACUAUGACUAAGUUCGAGAUUCUGUAGGGAUGGAUUCUAUGUUCUGUUUCAUUUCUCUUAGAAUGACAGGGGAAAAUUUGAGUGUCGUUUCCUGUUUGUGGAGCUCAAAGGCUACCCAGGAGGAACUAUAGUAUUGGAAGACAAUAGAUAAUAAUUAUCAUUAAUUUUUUGACUUUCAUUCAUGGAUUGUUUAAUUUAAGUUGAUAAAUCCAGA